AUGAUUUCCGGUUGUCAAAAAUGUCAAUCAAAUUUGGCAGGAACUUGGUUUUCACACUGUAGUUUGCUUUUCCUGGAAGAUUUUGCCAUGGAUGAAGACCAAAAGCCAACAAUGUUAAGAGAUUUAGAGAUCGACUUUUUGAAAGAACAUCUCAAUGGCUUUUCUGUUGAAGGCAAUUAUUGUUUUGGAUAUUUCGAGGGAAACAGAGCAGAGAUGGAUGAUCUGUUAGUUUCAUUUCAGGCAUUGAACUCCACGUGUUAUGUACUUACAGAAAGCCAUUCAAAAGAGAAAAACCACAACAGAUUUUCUCAAACAGGUAUAUAAUCUCUCAGUGUUUUAAAGUGCACAGAUCCCGGUUUCCUAUCCUGACUCUCCUAAUUCAGGGAUAAUUUAAUUGAGAAGAAUCGCCGUCUUUCAGAGUUUAUGGUAAAUUUCUUCAAAGGCAGUCUUACGCGAUUUGCGAGAAGCUGCGUCUGAACUACCUAUUUAUAUUUCAUUUUAGUUUCUUUGUGUUUGUUGUUAUUGCUGUUGUUAUUUUUUUUUUAUUCAUUUAUCUCUACCUAAAAGGUCUAUUUGGUUUAAAAACAGCGAACAGUGGCUUUGGUGCAAAGGUUUGGGUCAAAGGUCUGGCUCUUAUUGACACCUUUACACGUAAACCGGAAAUAAGGCAUGUUGCUUAACAACUCUAUCUGAUUUCAUUUGACAGCACCUCCCGUAUUUGAAAACAACCGCGGAAAUGUCCCCAUACAGUUGUUUGGCCACCCCUUUUCAAUCUCUAGCAGAGAAACUCGACAUUGUAUACAUGGAUCCAGAAAGGUUGGUUACAAUUACAGUAAAUGGAUUAGCAAACAUUCAAAUUUUAAGUAAAAAAAAGAGGUCAAUCGAGAAAUGAUAAAGGAAACUGAGAGUCAAGAGGUUGAAUUUAAGCUUAUUCAAAUGGACUGAUUAAUUUUCUUUUUACGAGGAUCAAAAUGUUACAGGAGUUUUAAGUUAUAUGUUUCAUAACCAAUUUACCCAAAGAAAUAUGAGGGGGAAGGGUGUUGGCAAUAGUAGUGAAGUCAGUAAAAAUCACAGAUGAUAUCGCAGCUGGGAGAAGAAUGUAAUUUCAUUUUGCUCUCGUAGAACACACCUGUAUUAAAAUCUUCUGUACCAAUUAGGAUGCCCGAGGAAGUUAUACCUGCAAGAGUGACUACGCUAAUGUACACGACUAUGCAAGAAAAACUAGAAUACACUUGCAGAAUUCGAGAAAAUUGGAUUACCCGGCAGUCAUGCAGAUUCGAUGUAUUCGGGUGUACAACGAUUACUUCAUCAACAAAGCAAAGUUCCUAUCAGAUAAUAGCUUGGUGAUGGCUAAGAAGGCUAUUCUAAAAGAAAUCAAUACCAAAUCGAAGAGUGGCUUAGCAACUUCUUUUACCGUACCAGAGACGCUGUCAUUAACGAAAAAGAUGAACCAAGACCUAAACCUUCCUCUUUGUACAUCAAGAGCCAUGGCAACAACGAAUGCUUGA